UUGACUACUUCAUAACAGAACGGUAUAAAAUAAGGUUCGCUGACGUUGCGGAGACGUCAAUUGCGCAGACGUCGUGCUCGGCUCGCCUCCUUUGCACCAGCACUGGUUCUUCUUUAGCAAAUCUCAACAUUGCAUAUAUAUAGAUAACAGUGUAUCGUAUAGCACCUAUGUGAGAUGUAUAUAUUUAUAUACGCGUAUUUCAGUAUAGUACACUCAGCAGGGUCUAAACACAGCUGAUCAGCCCUACCUUUGAGACUUUUUUUUAGUAAAAAUAUCGAGUGAAAAGAAAUUGUGAGUUCGUUCAACUUGCUGGGUGAAACUUUAAAUCGAUUCUCUUCGUCCGACACGUAGUGGAAGAUAAUUUCUAUUAGGCUCGAUGAAUUAAUUGUGAAAAUGAUUGAACGCUCGCUUUUUACGUAUACUUACACGUUCGCUGGCGAGCGUACAGCUCGUUAAUUAUUCACAAAGAGCUAUGGAAUCGGGAGUAAUCAUGUCUCGUACAGAAAGAAAAGGUCAGGAUCCGUCCAUCGCGCGAUUGAUGGAAGCAUGCUUUGCAUCAAAAGAAGAAAAUGGCUAUGUCAAUGAUGAACGUCCUUCUUCACCACCACCUCAUUGCAGUAUUUGUUUGGAGGAUUUUGUAAACAAAUCUUUCUGCGAUACCUGUCUGCACCCAUUUUGCUUUACUUGCCUUCUUGAAUGGUCAAGAAUUAAAAAUGAUUGUCCAUUGUGCAAGCAAAUUUUCAAAACUAUUAUUCACAAUGUACGAGCUGAGGGAGUCUACGACGAAUUUAACAUUAAUUAUCCAGCAGCUGUCAACAUUGCUGAUACCCAAAAUGUGCCAAUUGUUGUUGAUCUCCGUGACAGGAUCAGCAGGAAUCAGUCUGUUCCUUCUACUCAAGGAAGUGUCAUUCCAUUUGCUAGAUUCAUGUACAGAACAACUGUGGGUUCAAACCAAAGAUAUAGAUUGAUUCAUUUGAAUCCGGAAGCUGUUAGACGUCAGGUACAACUUCCAGUGAUUAGACCUCCAAGGGAGGAAAAUCAGGAUGGGUUUGGAGUUAGACGGCAAAGAUAUCAAGAUCCCUUACAUUUUCGUACUACAAUCUAUGCUCAAAAUAUGUGGGCAAGACCAGUCACGGAUAUUUUUGGUAGAGUGCGUCAAUGCUCUGCUGAUAGUUUGAGGAGACAUCCAGCAGAGAGACAACGUUUGAUUCCAUUCCUCAGUAGAGAAUUGACAGCAUUAUUAGCAAACAAUCCUGGACGAGUUGCUUAUGUCAUGAAUGUGAUUUUAACUGCAUUAAGUAAUAAUGAUUGCAAUAUGUACAGUGCAAAUUUUAUUAAUGUGGUUAGAGAGCAUGUUGGCCCCCAUACUGAUCAUUUUAUUCAUGAACUUGCCAAUUUUGCAAAUUCUCAUUUUGACCUUUAUGGUUACGACCGCUGUGUCACUUAUGGGGACCCUCCUACUCGACCAAUACCUGUAAACAAUGAUAGUGACUCGGACAUACUUAUACUAGAUGAUACAUCUUCAAUAAAUGAGUCAUCUGCUGGUCCUUCUAACAUUGAGGCUGGAAAUUCUACUGCUAGUGUUUCAACAGACCCUCUAGCUCCACCUUCCUUCUUACCAAGGGCUGUACAAAGCCAAGAACCUACAAGCUCACUGAGUUCACCUCAAAAUUCUUUGAGAAACUUAUGCCCCCCUGGAUUUAUAGCGGGUCCUAGUAUGCCAGUUGAAGAAAAUCAAGCUAGAUUAGCUACAAACAACAGAACUCAAAUAAGCCCUCCAGAACGAAGUUAUAAUCCAAUUAUCAUCAGUUCGUCGUCAGAAAGUGAAGAUGAAUGUCAAAUAGUAGGCUAUGUGAAACCGCGUCAUGAAAGAACACCUGUAACUAUUGAUUUGACAUCAUCAUCCGAUGGUGAAAUACACGAGGAAGAGUUCUCACCACCAACCUUUCAUAUUCGCCGACCAGCAAACAUUCCAACUAUCAGGUCUCCAUCACCAAGACCAGAAAAUUUGGGCCAUGUCGGAUUCAUUCCAAUAACCAUACCCACGUCACCUGUGAACCAGAGACCGAAUCUGCUAGAUUUAUUUUCCAGGUCUACUACAAGUGACUCGUCGAUAACUGAUAGCGACAGCAACAGCGAUGAUAAUCCACAAAAUUUAUCAACCAUCAAGUACUCAACGCCUACUCGGUCUCCAUCCAUGCUCAGAGAAAUUGAGGCGGCAGCUCUAGAAGGGCAUAGAGAAGUUAAGCACGAUUCGUCAGUGCCAAGCAUCAUUCCUAGACGUGUAUUGGAUGAUGCCUCAUCAAGCGGGGCUGAAUCCGACGUCGACGACGACGACGAUUACUCCCCGUCUAAAAGAUUAAUUCAAAAACAAAAACGAAGCAUGCACGAGGACAUUCACAAGGCCUCUGGCAGUGGCUUCAGAUCUACGCAGUCCAGUUAUCAGCCGGAAAACAAUUGUUCGUUGAAAAAUGAAAGUAUUUCACGAAAGCACAAGAGACCGAGAAGGUCCCACAGAAGAGUGUCAUACAAACCGGUAUCGGAAGAUACCGAUAGCAGCAACAGUGACAACCAAAUUCAAAGCGAAACCGAUAGUGACAGCGAUAGCACUCCUUUGAGUAAAUACCGAAGAAAACGACCGCGUCGAUCGUUGCCAGUAAGAAAAAGGGAGCGAUCCUCUUCGAGCAGGACCGAGAUUGAAAGCUACCAAGUUAAAGCUUCACCUAUUUCGGACUAGUAAGUACUAGUCUGAAUUUUAGGAAAAAAAAUAAACUGCUACAGCCCCUGCCUUGCGUUCUGCGGUGAUUCGCAAUGGCUAGGUACAUAAAACUCAUAAAACAAAUUUAAACGAUUUGCACUGCAUUCUAGACUUGAGCUGCUGUUCAUAAAUCCUGUUAUAUAAAUAUACAUGCUUGUAUAUGGGGCAAAUUUCCUGAAGUGUCCUAGCGCUCUGCCGCACGUCAUU